UUGAACUGCGCAUUUCGUACUUUUGAGUAACCUUCUGACGUUAGUUUGUUCUAUUUCUUCGUUGUUAAACACUUUACGGAUUUUUAUUUCUUCAGAAAAUGUUGAUUUUACAGUUUGACCUCUUGAGUGACAGGCAGCACUCAAUAUGCGUCGAAGACGCGAGCGUCGAGUGUCUUCGAUCUUUGAUAUACGAGAAGUGUCGACUGAGAGAAGGAAGUUAUUUCCUCAAGAGCGGAGGCAAGUUGGUGUCGGAUGACAAAGACCUCGGAAGCAUAGUUCAAGCCGUUCCGAAGUUAUGCGGCGGCAAGGGUGGCUUCGGAUCUAUGCUCAGGGCCAUCGGAGCCCAGAUCGAGAAGACGACGAACCGAGAAGCUUGCAGGGACCUAAGCGGAAGGAGGCUCAGGGACAUAAACGAGGAACAACGCCUCAAAAAGUGGAUCGCCCAGCAGUCCGACAGGGAACGAGAAGUCGAACAGAAAAAGAAGAAGAAGCUGGAGAAACUCUGCAGGGAGCCGAAGCACGAGUUCAAAGACGAAGACUACGACGCCGAACGCGCCGACCUCACGGAAAAGAUCAGCGACGCUUUGGAACAAGGUUUCAAGGCCACCACCGUAGACAAAGGUGUCAAAAGGAAAAUAGAAAAAGAAGUUACAAAAAAGAAGAAAAAAAUAAUCCUCGACUUGGAAGACGAUAUGAGUUCAACCGACGACGAUGAGUCUUUACCAAUGGCAAGCGAACCGCCAACGAACAAGAAGCAUGCAUUAUUGAUCAGCGAUGAUGAAUCUAAUUCCAGUGCUGAUUCCACAGAAAAAAACCAUAAAGAAAGUCAAAUACUAAAAAAAGAGAAAACCCCGCCAGACAAUAAAAAUUUGCCAACCUUGACCGAUGAUGAAUCAAGCUCAAGUGUUGAUUCAGCCCAAAAAACUUUUUCAGCAAGACAAGCUUAAAUACAUUUAAAGACUAUCCUGAUGAACAAUUCCAUCUCUUCAAGUGAAGAUAUCAAAAUUUAAUUUAUAAUCUUUGGGGGGGGGGUUGUAUUUUAUUGAGUUAACUAAUCGUAGUUAUCAUGGUUAAAUCAAUUAAUUUUGUCAAUUGAAUUAUGUUUUUGUUUAAAUGAUACCAAAACUAUUGUAAAUAUAUUUUUGAUAUUGGCA